CUGGGGUUCUCCACAGAAAUGCAAGUUCCAUCAACCUACCUUAGGCACUCAGUCAUUCCCCGUGACAUCAAUUAAGCCAGCCGUUCCUUGCGCAAGCCGCUUCCAGCUGGAAAACUCCGGACGCUCCAGCGCCGGCCCUCCGGUCCUGUCUGCAUACCUGGGUAGUAACUCACCAGCUUCUUGUCACUCUUUUCUGUACCCCUCGCCGCGCCGGCGCCACUGACUGCGAUAUCCCCGUGUUAUGCGCUGACUAGGUAGUUAGCCGUUGCCCUUGCGUCGCCCAAUUGCGCUCCCCUGAAGACUGCCAAAAUGGCCGCCGCCGUGGAGGACCUGUCGCGGUCCGAGUACCCGGCAAUGCUCGCGAACUUGCAACCCGGACAGGCCGUCCAGGUGCUGGCGGAUCGAGUCAAACGCAUCGCGCGGACCAACCAGGAGAUCGCAGAUUGGCUUCAGGAGCGCAGGAGAGUCGAGGAGCAAUAUGUCGCCUCCCUGCGCAAGCUGCUCCUGUUCAAGGUGCCCAACGCAGCGUCCGAGCUCGGAGUCUUUCAAGCACCAUGGGACAAGAUCCUCCAGUCCGUCGACGGCAUUGCCGCCUCCCAUCAGCUCUUUUCGCAGCGCAUCGAGAAGGACGUCGAGCAACCCCUCCGCAACUUCCAGAACAGGAAGGACAUGCAGAAUAUCCACACCAUGAGUGCAAACUUGCAGUCAAUGGCCAAGGAGCUGGAUGAAGCGACCGAGAAGUCGGAAAGGCUGAGCAAGAAGGGCGGAAAGGCCAAUGUCCAAAAGGUCGAUAUGGCGGCAGCGAGGCUCGAGUCUGCGAAUUCACAAUGGGAAUCCCAGGCGCCCUUCAUCUUCGAGACUCUCCAGGCCCUCGACGAGCAGCGAAUAAACCAUCUGCGCGAUGUCUUGACCCAGCUCGAGACCCACGAAAUCGACCAGGCCACCCGGACCCAGUCCGCCGCCGAAGACGUGCUCAACGUGAUGCUCGAGGUGGACACGUCUCGGGAGGUCCAGAACUUCGUGCAACGAACAACCUCUGGGAAGCCGAGGGUCGAACGGAAGUCUACAUCGCGGCAACCGGCGCCCGUCACCCCAAGCGUCCCUCCCCCUAGCGCCACCGGGGACGACGUCAGUGAGCACUCGGGCCACCGAGAAAAUCCUCCGGAAUUAAAGUUGCGGAGCCGCAUUGGAACCAUGCUCGGCCGUCGACGCCAGAGCAUUCACGGCGGCUUCGGCCAGCUCGGUUCUUCUCAGAAAGGCCUUGGCCCGUUCUCCCGCGGUCUCGGGAGCAGCCACAGUCAGACAUUGUCUCCGAGGACUUCGUCUCACAAUUUGGCCGACUCCCAGAACCGAUUAACCUCGGUUGUCGAAAGCCCAACGGCGGAGAAGGAGCCCCGGAAAUCCACUGCAGAAAAGGAGAGCGGCAAGCCGUCGCAUGAGGGAACAAAUGGAGUGGCCGCCACAGAAUCGCCCAAAGAUGUUCAGCCGCCAAAGUCAACCAGCCUCCUGAACGGCACGGCGGAGGACAUUUUCGAUGCACCAGCCGCUCCCUCGGCGCCUCAGCAGCAGCAAGAAAAAGGGGAACCGACCAAGGACGCCGAAGGGUUCACGAUACCAACAGCAACGAACGAUCCCAUUUCCCAGGCUCAACGGGAGGCCGCGGCCGAGGAGGGUGAUCUGCUUUUCAAGUUGAGCAUCAAGAACGAGCCCAUCCCGGAAGAAGACCAGGAAGCAAAGCAGGCGGCCCUGUCUAAUGUCGCGAAUGCGUUAACAACCAUGGGGAUGCCGUCACGCAGGACGGGAACUGUGCGAGGCAGGAGGGAGGUCCGGAACACAGUCUACAUGCCGGCCUUGCCUACUCACGAGAUCUCUGCCGACAAUCCGUUUCCCCCGUCCCCAUCCUUGUCAACAAGUGCUUCAAUCCCAAGGCCCACGCCCUCAGCGACGUUUGCCUCGGAGACAAGCCAUGCCUCCGACACGCAAUCAAUCCGAUCUGGUACUUCUUUUGGUGGCGCAUCCUCGUAUAGCACCGUGGCCCGGCUGAAGCACCCGGAAAUGCACGGGCCAGCGUACGGACCAGGCCUGCAUUCGUCCAUCAUCGAGGCAGUGUCUGCCGUUUUCCAGGACGGGGAGCCCAGCUUGGUCAAGGUCACGGGCGAGAUUGCUCUUUCAUACGUGCCCGAUCCCAACUCUCCUUACACAGACCGCGAGACAAUCCGCCUCAACGGAUUCUCCCUCCUCGAAUCCAUCGGCCCCAACCGCGUCGUCGUAGCCAACACGGCCGCGCCAGAUGAAUUCUCGGUCGGUGUCUCCCACCUCACCACCGCCACCACCCCCGCCUUCACCUACCGCGUGCACGCCGAAUCGGACACCGCCCUUGCCUCGCAAUGCCCCAUCACUAUCCUCCCCGUCUGGAAACCCCAGGCCGAUAAGCUCGGCCUCCUCCUUCAGUACCGCCUCAACCCGUCGUGCGCCGCCGCCGCGACCGGGCCCGUGACGCUCUCCAACGUGGUCUUCAUCGCCGCCUACGAGGGCGCGCGCGCCAGCGGCGUGCAGACCAAGCCGUCGGGCACCCACCUGAAGGACAAGCACAUCGUCUACUGGCGCCUCGGCGACCUCACGCUGACCGAGGACUGGGGCAAGAUCAUCUGCCGCGUGAUCGGCGAGCAGAACGCCGAGCCGCGCCCGGGCCGCGUCGAGGUGCGCUGGGAGUGGGCCUCCCCGCCUGCUCUGUCGCCCGGUGAGGCCGGCGACGCGGAGGCGGGCAGCGGCAUCUCGGUCGCCAGGCUGCUGCCCGAGGGGAAGGGCAAGGGCAAGGAGAAGGCGCAGCCCGAAGAGGAGAACCCGUUCGCUGAUGUCGGGUCGGCGCCCGCGUCGCCUGACCCGCAGGGGCGCACGUGGGUUGAUGUGCCACUUGUGAGGAGAGUGGUGAGUGGGAAGUACGAGGCGAAGCAAACACUGUGAGCGAGGAAGCUGGUGGGUGGGCGAGAGUCACGGUUAAGAAUGUGUCUUGAAGGUUGUCUUUUUGUUUUGCGGCAAGCGAUGGAUAGAUAUCUUUCGACCGCGACUGUGGGAAGUUGAACUUUUAUCAGCGGUUGAUGAUACCGGGGGCAUGCAUAUUGGUGAG